UUUCAUUAUUCCAUGUUGUUGACCGAUCCAAAAUAUUUUUUUUAUUCUGUUGAAAAUGGAUCAAUUUUCGCCAUCCUUUCUGCUGAAUUCUUUGUGAUGCACAAUUGCACACAGAGGAAUGGCCGCCGUCGGAUCCUCGGCGAGAAAGCUAGAGCUCCUCCACUGUCCCGACCUCUCCCGCUGCCUCGCCGCCUUCUCCUCCGCCUCCGAGCUCAGGCGCGUCCACGCCCUCGUCGUCACCUCCGGCCUCUCCUCCGACCCCUUCACCGUCGCCCGGCUCCUCGCCGCCUGCGCCGUCCCCACCUCCGGCAACCUCCGCCACGCGCGCUCCCUCUUCGCCAGCCUCCACCGGCCCACCCCGUUCAUGUACAACACCAUGAUCCGCGCCCUCUCCCGGAGCCCCCGCCCCGUCGAGCCCGUCCUCCUCUACCUCCGCAUGCUUCGCUCCGGGUUGUCGCCCGACCGGCUCACCUUCCCUUUCCUUAUCCGCUCGUGUUCCGUGCUCGGCUUGGCAGGCCUCGGCCGCGGAGUCCACUGCCACGCCGUGAAAUUUGGGCUCGAUUCCGAUGUCUUCGUCGUGAACAAUGCCAUAACCAUGUACUCGGAUUGGGGCGACAUGAGCUCCGCCCAGCAGCUGUUCGACGAGCAUGCCGACGUGGCUGAUGUCAUCUCGUGGACAGCAUUGGUCACAGGAUACUCGAAUUACGGGCGGCUGGACUGCGCGCGGUGGUUCUUCGAGCGGAUGCCAGAAAGAAAUCCCAUCUCCUGGAAUGCGAUGAUUGCGGGGUACGCGAAGGAUGGGAAGGUCAAAGCAGCAUUGCAUCUGUUCAACAAAAUGCCCCACAGAAAUGUGGCCUCCUGGAGCUCGAUUAUUUCCGGCUUCGCGCAAUCGGGUCGUUGCGCGGAGGCGUUGGCCGUGUUCAGAGUAAUGGUCGAAAGGGAAGUCACCCCGAACGAGUCGACUUUGGUGAGCGCGGCAUCAGCUUGUGCGCAGCUGAGGGAUUUGAAUCAAGGGGAGUGGGUGCACAGGUACGUUACAGAGCAUACAGUGGAGAUGAGCGUCAUCCUAGCAACGGUUCUCGUGGACAUGUAUGGCAAGUGUGGGAGCAUCAGCAAGGCCCUCAAAGUGUUCAAGGAUAUGCCCGAGAAGAAUGUGUAUUCGUGUAACUCCAUGAUCACCGGGUUGGCCAUGAAUGGGUCGGAGAGGCAAGCGCUAACACUCUUCUGGAAGAUGCAGCUGAUGGGUUUGGAGCCAAAUGCGAUAACCUUCAUCGGAUUGUUGAGCGCCUGUAGCCACUCGGGGUUGAUCAACGAAGGCCAGCAGUUCUUCGACAUGAUGACUCGGGUUUAUGGGAUUAGGCCUCUCGAGGAGCACUACGGUUGCAUGGUUGACUUGCUUGGUAGGGCGGGACUGAUCAAAGAAGCGGUUGAUUUCGUGGAAAGAAUGCCGGUGGAGCCUCAUCCGGGACUAUGGGGAGCUCUUGCCGGUGCAUGUAGGAUCCAUGGCGAUGUGGAGCUCGGCGAGAAAGUGGGGAAGCAGUUGAUCGAGUUGGAACCGCAUCAUGGUGGGCGGUAUGUGUUGUUGGCGAACAUGUAUGGAGCUGCAAGGAGAUGGGACGACAUGGCCAUGGUGAGGAAACUGCUGAACCAGAGGAAAGCUGCAAAAUUCCCUGGAAAGAGCUCAGUGGAGGCAGAAGCGGCAGCCUCUGUUUGAUGCUUCUCGCGAUCAUAUCUCAGCAACAAAGUUUUCAUGGAGUAGCCGCUGCAGUGCUGCGAGACUCAUCACACUCAACAUCAUCAAGCAAAAAAAUUUGCUGCAGAACCAGCAUGAAGAACAACAAUGGUUUCCUCACAUAUUUGAAUGCUCUUGAUUUGAGUGGGGAUAUCGCCCAACGCCGAGCUCAAUCGAGGAAAACGAUUUAUAUUCGCCACACUGCAAAUAUUUGGGACAUUUCAGCUUCUUGUGAUCUGGAGCUCUUCAAGAUCAAGAUUCAUGGUAUUCUCAUUAGCAUAUAUAUGCUUGGCUCAUAUGCCAGAGAAAGUGAUUCUUUAGUAGAUCAUGGAAUCUGCUCCUUUCGUCAUGCUGCGUGGAUUUCCAUGAUCAAUCAUUCGGAGUUUAAGAUUGGAUUUUUUUGGUUAUACAUGUUGAAGUGGAAACUGGGUGGUAAUACCACCCUCAAAAUUGGAUCAUGAUUUGGGUUCCCUUAGAAGUAAGAUUAAGAGUCCUUUAUAAUUGUUCUUUUAUUUUUUCUUUCCAAUUUUGACAACUCCUUUUAUCAGCUUAUCUGUUAAAUUGUUUCUGUAGCCAUGAUCGUGUAAAUAAAGGACCAAAAUCUAUCCUUCUGGACAAAUGCUUCACAAUA